UCUUUUCAAUUCCGGUCUCCGGAAUUUGUGAAUUACUUCACUCAGAACCAGGAAAUGUUUGUCUAAUUUAAAGGAAACCAAAUACCGUAGCUAGUCCCCCUAAGUGUGUUGUGUUUUAGUUUAAACGAAUCAAACCUGAAAUAAUUUGAAUUUUUACGUAAAAAUUUGUACAACAUAACCUGCAACAUAGUUAGUGUACGUGUGCCCCCGAGUCCCCGUGUAGUGUGUUUAGAAGUAAAUCAAACAGAAAUUAAUCCGAAGAAAGCAGAGCCAACGAAACGAUCAACAACAAAAUGCAUCACACUCGUCACACAUCCUAGAGGGAAGCGAAAUAUGCCUAACUGACAGUCGCAAGUGUCAACCCAGACCCAAUAAGAGCGGAGCGGCCAAGUGUGCCCAUGUGGGCCCGGGAACACGAGGAAUAGGCUGUCAAAUAUUUGGUUCAAGGCAGAUCGCAAUGAAUCUAUAUACUCUUUAUGACUGGAUCACAUCAUUGCUCCGCACGCACAGCGGCAGCGUCAGCUACAAGGCAAUCGAGGCAGCCGAAGAGUUGCCAGCCACAUCUCCAGCAACAUCCCCAGCAACAUCUGGGGCAACAUCACGCGUGACUGGAAAGCAGCAGCCACAAAAGCGAGGCGAAGCAUCCACAAAUGUGGAAGUUGAGUUCAUACCCACGCUAAAUUUUCUGUUCGCGAAGCAACCAAAGAGGCCGGCGGCCGACGAGGCCCAAUCGCAAUCCAUAGAGGAAUUGCAACAUGCUGCCAGCGAGGCUGAUAACGAGGCUGAUAACGAUAACGACUCCACGCACACAUACAUAAUCUCGAGGAGCAGCUUGACGCCGGCCCUUAGCAGCUCUAGCAGCUCCAGCAGCACCCCAUACGCCGUUACAUCCACGGACACUGCGGAACUAUUGAGGCGGCAGAACAAUCUCAGUCUCACGGAGGAAGAUCAGACCGUAUCCACGUUUAGUAUUGAGCCGCCCACCAGUUCCAUGACAAUUGAGAUGGCCGAGCAACAGACAACGACAACUACAACGACAGCCACAGCCACAGCCACAGCCACAGCAACAAGUAGUGCAGAGGUGGCAGGUACAACAACGACGACUACCACAAGCAGCAGCAUUGAGGAGGACAUCGAGGAGGCCAUCGAGAUCAGUGAGGUGGAGGAGCAACUCAGCUCCCACGUCGAAUCCCUGUCAGAGGCGGCUGCGUACGGCAGGCCCAAGAAGCAGGAGCAACCAAGUGCCAAAAGUUUGAGCAGCAACAAUGAUGAUGACGAGGAGGAUGCGGAAGAGUUUCGCAUAGAUGAUUCCCAGCUCUCGGGGGGAAAGUUGGCUCAGCAUUUCCUUACGCUGGACGAUGAGAGCGAAGCAGACGAUGGUUCCAAGGUUGAGGUUAGUCCAUCCUCCUCCAAUGAUGAUGAUUUCGAUAUAAGUCUGCCGAUGGAGCAGCCGAAACUAGUGCACUCCCGCCAUGAAGACGAAGAUGAAGAGGAACAAGAAGUCGUGGAUGAGAGCCUGAGCAACCAAAGCACCACUGAUGAUGUCUCAGAACUAGCCGAGGAGCCGGUCCUGGCCAGAGACGAGGAGAGAACUGAGGCCAGCCUGAGUGUAAGUGCUGCACCAGAGACACAGGUGGAAGAGGAGGCCCAGCUAACCGAGGAGCAGGAUCAUUCAAUGGAGGAAAUCGUGGCCACCAACGAGUCCAUCGAGGUGACCUACGAAGCCGAGGAGACGGCCAACACAUCACAGAAACUGGAUCAGAUAACAGAUUUAGAUGAGGAGCACGAGCAGGAGCACGAGCACGAGCAGGAGCACGAGCACGAGCACGAGCAGGAGCACGAGCACGAGCACGAGCAGGAAGCGUCAGAGCUGCAGGACGAGAUGGAACGGGAUGCGGUCAGAGCCACAUCCAAAGUGGAAACGCUCAUGCUGCCCAUGCUCCAGGAGUCUCGGGUUAUUGAGAACAAAGCAGCCAAAGCCUUGACCACGAUGUACCUUCAACCAGAGCCACUCGAGCUGACCAUGCUGAAAGUGGACUGCGAGGAUGAUGAUGAUGACGAUGAUGAGGAAAGUUCCCUGCAGCUGAUGAAACUGCGCUUGAUGGCCAUGAAUCAGCAGAUCCUCAGCGACAAUGGAGUUAAGCUCUCACCCACAGCGGAAGCGGAUGGACAAACAAAUAGCAGCGCCAGCAGCAAUGCGGAGCUCAAGCAAAUGGAGCGCGUGCCCCUGUCAGAGUUCAGCAAAGAUGUGCUUGAGGACAUAACCGAGGAGAGCGAACGACUGCUCUCCCUCAGUACCACCAUCGAGGAGGAGCAGGAGCAGGACCCACCAUCCCUAUCCGUAUCCCUCGACGAGUCAAAAACACUGCUGCAGCAGGCGGCCAAGGCAUCGCAAGGCAGCCAUUCCAGCUUGGUGAGCUUGAACAUGCUCAGGCAGCUGGAGGCCAAGGUCCAGGAGCUGCACACCCAGCUCGAGACGAAGGACAACUGCCUGGCCUCGCUGAACCUGCAGCUGGAGGCGGUUCGCCGGGAAAGCAGUGCGGGGCCAGCCUCGGCCCGGGACUCCAGCUCGCUGAUGACCAACUCCACGGAGUACCGAACACUGCAGGAGGAUUUUGGUGGCCCGACGCUGGACAUGUAUCUGGAGGUGUCCCGCAGAGACGAGAUGAUUGCCAAGCUGACCGAAUCCCUGCAGCACUCGAUGAACGUUCGCGGAGAGCUCCAGGCGGACACAGAUCGUCUGGGAGGCGAGGUGCAGAAUCUGCGCCGGCAGCUUCACGAGGCCAUUGAUGCAGUGAAGCGCUCGAGUGUCGUGUGGCAAGAUCAGGAGUGCAAUCCCGGCCAGCGCAUUUCGGAGAUAUCCAUGGAUCUGAUCAGCGAGAGCGACGAUGACCUAGAUCGUCACUUUCUUACCGACAACGAGGAGCGAGGAUCUCGCAGCUCGAAGGAGCGACAGCUUCCACUUCAAACUCAGCCCAUCGAUGACCUUGGCAUCCAGCCCCUUCUGCCUGAGUGGACGCCGGCGUUCACCAAGCAGAUCGAGCAAUUCCAGACCUACCUCCUGCCGCAAGAGCAGCGGCUCUUCCUAAUGGUCCAGCGCAAAUUCGACGACUACCUCGGCCAGCAGUUGGCUCUAGUCCGCGAGCAGUGCUCUCAGGAGUUGAAGAUUGCCCGCGAUCAGUGGGAGAGCGAGAAGCAGAGAAAUCAGCAGUCCCAGCAGGCCACACACGCAAAGGAGGUGGAGGAGCUGCGCAAGUACUUCGAGCACAAGUGUGCCGACCUCGAGAAACAGUUCUCCGACGAUGUCUUCUCACACAAAUCCCAACACCUGGCUGGCGACAGCUCUUCGGAGUGCUCCGAGGUGGAUCAAUUGCCAGAGGAGGUCGUGGCCUCCUCCGCGGCCGUGGCUGCCUCCUCCAAGGAGACGUCGCCGCGCAAGCGCAAACGGGCCGAGCUCUUGCUGAGUCCCAGUCACAGGCAAAUGACUCCAUGCGGACUGGAUUCCCUGGGCGAGUCCACGAGUCCAGGAAAGCCUAACAAGGAGCAGCACUCUCAGGACAUAGCCGAGCUGAAGAUCUUCUACCAGACGCACAUGCAGGAGAUGAAGCGCGCCCACGAACAGCAGGUUCGAAAGCUGAGCGAUCGCAUUAAGUUUUACGAGCGCCGGCAAGGAGACGAUGACUACAAGCCUGCCCCCGAAUCUCCGCCUCGUACCUGCCCAGAUGCAGCCGGGGAGGAGGAGGGUUCGCCGACAGCGGUACCCAACGUCUCGCUCAUCAUCAUUGACGAGGAUGAGCUGAAUUUCAACAACGAGUCCCAGGUGAUUCAGCGCAUUAUCGAGGAGUACGAACGGCGGUUGCAGGAGCAAUUGGCGCUCGCCCGGCAGGAUAUAGCCAACGAACUGGAGCAGCAGAUUCAGAACCUGCUGUCCGAGAACGCUGUGGACGAUCAGCAUUGGCCCAAGGAGCUGAUCUUGCUGCGGGAGAAAUUUACGGCCAAGAGUCAACUGGAGAUCACUCAGCUGAAUAUCAAACAUGCCGAUGAGAUGUCGCGCCUGAAACUGGAGUACGAGAAACAGCUGAAUCGCAAGACCAAACGCCACUUGACCUUUGACUCGUCCCGUAACCUAGACCAGGUGAUAUGCGAGCGCGAUGGCCUGCGGGAGCUGUCAAAGAGCUUCCGGAGCGUGCUCUGCCGUCUGGCCAAGUGCGUGGCCAACUGUGAGGAGGAUCUGAAUGCCACGCUGUCUGAGGAAGUGCAACGCCUGCUGCUCCACAGCCACAAUCACAGUCGCAGUCAGGAUGCCGGCGAAGACUUGGAGCAGACGCUGAGCAGCUCCCUGAACAAUACGCGGCCGCUGCGUCUGGUGCCGGAUGUCCACAGUCUGCUGGAGGUGGUGGAUGACCCCAGUCUGGUGCAGUUCAUUAACAGCAAGAGCAACGAGGACAAUAGCGAGGACUUCGACCUGACCGAGUGUCUGGAGCGGCUCAAAUCAGAGGCCGCCUAUCUGCUGCAUCUCUCCGAGGACAUGCACAAGCAACGGGAGCACAACGACUCCGUGGACGAGCCGGAGAAGCAGGAGCACGAGCUGUGCUGCGAGGCGGAGGAUGGCCUCAAGACGACGGCUGCUGUGCAGCAGCAGUUGCUCGCCAAGUUCGUGCGCACCAAUUCUCUCAACGAUCAGCAGCUGGGCGUGGCCAGUCGGCGCAAGAACAGCAGCUCGGAGGCUGGAAAGACGCACACCUCCCUGCCGCCCGAUCUGCAGCAGCAUGCGGGCAGCGCCUCAGAGCUCUCCUUCCAACUGGUGGAGCUGAAGAACCGCCUGAUCAAGUCCGAAACGGACCGCCAGAAGCUGCAGCAGCAGUUGACCAACACCAUCGAUCGCAAUGCAGAGCUGGGCCAUGAGCUGCAGGCCCUGCGGGAUCAGCUUUCGCAGCUGAACUCGCUGAACCACACGGACUACAACGAGGGCUACGGCCUGGGGCCCAUGAAGAGCCUCCAGGAGCAGGGCCUGGACCAGUCGUCGGCCAGCUUUACAGCCUUGCAGGAGCGGGCCCGUCACCUGCUCUCCGCCUCGCCCGGCAGCCAACAGCAGCAACUGGAGGAGACUCGCGAUUCGGGGAAUGCCACCGUCAUGCUGCUGCAGAUGAUCGAGGACUUUUGCCGAGAGGGCGACAAGGUGGUGGAGUGCGGCAAGAAGGAUCGAGAAGACCUCCAGUCCCAGAUCGAUACCGCUGACAAGCAGCUGAAGGACACGCGCCGAUUCCUGGAGGAUCAGGCCGCUGAGCGCGAGCAGGAACGCGACGAGUUCCAGCGCGAAAUCGAGCGACUGAAGUCGCAGUUGCGCGAUAAGGAGAAGGAAUAUAGCUCCUAUGCCAAUGCCUCCGAGGAGUACGCCCAACUGGAGUCCCAACUGCGGGCGGUCAACCAACAGCUGAGCCAGUCGAACGCCAAGCGGGACAAGUUCGAGGUGGAGCUGAAGGCGUCCAUUGACAAAAUCUUUGUGCUGCGCGAGAUCAUCUCGGAGCUGGAGACCCAAGUGCAGACCAAGGCACUCAACGAGCACGUGCUGGACGAGAAGACCAAGCAGCUGGAGGACUAUGUCAACCUCCAGAUGCGGGCCAACGAUGCCCUGCAGCAGGAGGUGCACAGCCUCAAGACGGAUAUCGGCGAGGGCUAUCAGUCGCGGAUUCGCCUGCUGGAGGAGAAGCUGCAGCAGGGCAGGCCGUCUGCAGAACAGAGCCUUUUCCUCGUCCAGGUGGCUGAGAAGCUGCGGGACAUUGAAACCACUCUGGAGCAGAAGACCAAGGUCCUGGAAUCGCUGCACAACUCCAACACCGCCUCCAACUCGGCCAGCCUUAGUGUCACCGAAGACGUCUCCGUCCAUGGCGGCGGGAGUAGGCCACAGACCGCGGCGGGCUCGGGCUCCGGCUCGCCCUCGCCCUCGCCCUCGCAUCCCUCUCUCACCGUUGAGGGUGUACAGCGGGUCACCGAAAAGCUGGAUAAGCACACGCGCGUCGAAGAGGCCGCAAUUAAGCGUAUACGUGAUUUGGAGAUGCAACUCCAGCAGAUGCGUUCCGGCUGUGUGGAACUCCAACAUGAGCGGGACUCGCUGCAGGGCCGCAUCGAUGAGCAGACCCAGAAGAUAUCUACACUGCAGACGCGACUGGAGGAGCAGCGACAAAGGGCCGAGCAACUGCAUCGCGCUGGCACCACGGACCUCAACACUCGCGUCCAUGAGCUCCAGGGAGAGGUCAAGAACCACAACGAGCAGCUGGCGGCCAAGGACAAGCAGAUGGCCACCAUGCGACAGCAACUGCAGCGCAGCAAGGAGGAGAUCACGCGCCUGGAGGCAGAGCUGAUGGUGCGCACCAAGCCGGAUCGCACUGUGAUGGAACGGCUCCGAGCCUCGGAGGCCGAGCUGCAAAGGAAGAGUGGGGAGAUCAGCAAGCUGAAGGAAAAGAUACGCACGGAGAUGAUCAAUCGAUUGGCGGUGCCGGAUCUGAUGGAGACCAUGCUGGCGGACAAGAACGAUGAGAUCGAUCACCUGCGCGACCAGCUGGAGGCCAAGGAAAACGAACUGCGAGUGGCCCAUGAGGAUGCCAGUCAGAUGUCCUCGCCAGCAGCGGGAGCGGGCCCGUCUGAGAAGCAGGAUGCCAGUGCCAAGCUGAGUGCACGCACCCUCAGCGACAUCGGAUCGAUUACCGAGUUCCCCGAGCCGGAUGUGGAUCGUCGAGCAGCCAUUCAGCUCAGUCACAACGCUCCGCUGCAGUUGAGCGACGGUGCGGGCGGCUUCCUGCACCAGACAAUGGAAACUUCCAAGGAGGCGGUGGCCAAUCUCACGUACAAGCGCACCGAUGACCUCAGUGGCUUUGUGGCCCCUUAUCCGAUCAACACGUUCGAGCAUCCCCACUACUUCCAGGCCAUGGGCAUCACGGCCCAGAGUAGCGACGGCCUAACCCCUGGUCUGGUGCCGAGACAGAUCAACUUUUCCAAUCUGACAGAGGACUCAAAGCUGAAGACGCCCAGCCUGCUGAUGCAGACCCCGGAAAUGCCGAUGCCCACUACCCCAGCGGAUGUGCAACUGCUGCGACAGAAGCUAGCGGAACUGGAGCGCCAGAAGGAGCAGCAGCAGAGCGACAUGGAAGAGAAGCUGGCUGAUCUGCAGAAGCAGCUCCAGCAGGAAAAGGAGCAGUUGAGCCGGCACGAGACGACUCUGCGAGGUCAUGAGGAAAGCGAGCAAAAGUACCGACUGCGCAUUGAGUCGCUUGAGUCAAGGAUUUUGGAGACGGCUGCCCAGGAGGCUGCCGAGAGGCAGAACCUGCGCAUGGAGCUCAACUGUGUGAGCGCGGCGCAUCACCAGUGCGAAAAUGCGGCAGCUGCUCGCAAGCGAGAGCUUGAGGCGCUCAAUGUCGAGGUCAAGAAGAAGGCGGAGCAGCUGCAGGCUGCUCUCAGGCGGUGUGCGGAACUGGAACUCCAAGUUCAGACGCUGGAACGGGACCUGGAGCGACUGAAGAAUAGCGAAAACAGCUCCAAGCAGUACUCCGUGGAUGAGAUUGCACAGCAGGUGGAGAAGGAGCUGAACUAUUCGGCCCAGCUGGACUCAAACAUCCUCAAGGCCAUCGAGAGCGAGGAGGAGAACAAUCUCGACAAGAAGCAGCAGCAAAAGGAGGUUCAAACGGAGGAGGAAACCUCCCCGGGCACUGCGGGCAAUGGAACGGACGACGAAAACUUCACCGGCGAACGGGAAUUGCUCAACCAGCUGGAGGCCUUCAAGGCCCAGUUGGCUGUGGAACGCGACCAAUGUGAGGCCUUAAGCAAGGAGCUACUGGGCGAGAAGCAGCACUCGCAAGACAUUCAAGAGCAGGACGUUGUCAUCAUCGAGGCCAUGCGAAAGCGUUUGGAGACGGCCCUCGAUGCCGAGGACGAGCUGCACAAGCAGUUGGACCAGGAGCGCGAGCGCUGUGAGCGUCUCCAGACGCAACUGACCUCCCUCCAGCGAGCCGAGAGUCGUCGCAACAGCUCCCUGCUCUUGAAGUCGCCCGGCGACUCGCCCCGCAAAUCGCCACGUGCCGACUUCGAGUCGGAGCUGGGCGAGCGCCUGCGCAGCGAGAUCAAGCUCUUGGCGGCUCAGAACGAGCGGGAGAGGGAGCGAUCCGCGGAUGCCCAGCGCAGCAGCGAGCGUGAGCGACAGCGCUACGAGAAGGAGUUGCAGGAACGCGUGGCCUACUGCGAGCGUCUGAAGCAAGAGAUGGAGAAGCUGGCCCGCGACAAGGAGUCCGCCGAAGUGGAGCUAGAGCACUUCAACGAGCGCCUUACGCUGCAAGCUAGCGAGAUCCAGAGCCUCGAGGCGAGGUUGGUCACGCUGCAGGAGGCGGAGACCCGCAGGGCCAGCACCCGCACACGCCAGCACCAGGAAAGCGUCAACCUGCAUGCGGAAAUUCACGAGCUGAAGGCAAAACUGUUGGCCGCCGAGUCCGAGCGGGACUGCCUUGACCAGAAGGUCACCCACCUGCGCUUCGACGUGAGUCGAUCUGGUCAUCGCGAGGCCAAGCUGGCCGAGGCCCUGGCACAAGCCAACGAUCGGCUGGCUCACAGCACGGACGACACCGUGCCGGCGCAGUUCCUCCAAAAGAUGAAGGAUAUCAAUACACUGCUGGCGGAGAACACCCAGGAGAACCGGCAGAUGGCCGAGACGGUGCAGUACCUGGUGGGUGAGCGGAUUGCCCUGCAGAAAAAGUGCGAGGAGCUGGGCGGGUCGAGCAGUGGCAACGUUGGAGAGCUUGAGGAGCGCUGCCGACAGCUGCUCGGUCGCUACCUCCGCGUGGAGUCGCAUCGUAAGGCGUUGGUCUAUCAGAAGCGAUACCUGAAGCUCACCCUGGAGGGAUACCAGGCCAGUGAACAGCUCGCCCUGCAGGCCAUGGCCGGGGGAGCACCCCAGCGAAAGUCCAAAAAGAAGUUCAAGACUGUUGCCCUAGCCAUUAUUGCCAUACAACGCAUCAAAUACAUUGGACGCAUCUGGCACACGGGCAAGCGAAUCGUGAGCAAAUCCGUGUUCACCAUCACCCAGCAGAGAAACGGAAACGUGCCCGGCCUGAAUCUGAAUGUGGCGCCUCCCCACACCGUACUGCCUGUGCCCAACUCGAAUCUACCCACCAAUAACAACAUUUCGGGACGCCUCGGCUAUGCGCCCAUCUCUCCCCCUCUGGCCAACUUCAGCACCCUGCAACCAAUAGUGCUGUCUCCGGACUACAAUCUCCAGGAGCCAGCCUCGUCAUUGUCCAAGAACCACAACAACGAGGCCAGUCUACCAUCGCUGGCCAGGCUGGAGUGGCCGACCAUGCAGAAGCCAAAGCGCGCGCAUGCGCGGCAUCACUAGAGGCCCGAUCUGAGCCAAUCCGAGCCGAAUACUGUCAACCAUGCUCAACCGGAAGCCUUAGGUUUUAAGCGCAGCCAUAUCAUAAGACACUGAAUCAUUUUUUUUUAUUUGUUUGUAGUUUGUUUUAUCGCCUGUACCAUUUCCCGAAACUAUUGUAAGUCCUAAGCUGUUGAACCCUACUUUAAGGAUGCCAUGUCCCCUUUGUCCACGCCCCUACUUAGGAAUGUAAUCACGUCUGUAAAUUUUAUUCGUAGAUGUACCAAAACAGUAGCCGUAAGCGUAGCCCUAAUCCGUGUCCCAGUAUUUUCUUUUAAACCAAUCCUUAAUUUUUUUUAUUAAACCAGACCUAUUUCUACUUGAA